AUGCUAGGAGGAUAUGGAAGCAUUGCUCCACAAUCGAUUGAUGAAGAGAAAUCAGAAUCGCAUUCAUUGGAUCCACCACAGCCGCCACAAGGUAGUGGAGGUACUGCCCCCCAUCAUGCUGACAGAGAAGUCCAAGUCGAACGAGCGUCACGAUUCCUCUUCAUGUUGACCAUCUUGGCGAUUGUGGCGUUUGGAGCUUUCACCACUGGAGAUUUUGUGGGCGACAAACAAGGCAAUUUGACCAUUUCUGGUACCUCGUCGAGACACCACAGAAAUGUCUUGUUGGAAGGACAUUACGACAAACAUGAAAUGUUCUUUGAGAAUCAAUUGGUCGAUCACUUGAAUCCAUUGAACAAGGGAGUGUACCCCCAACGCUUUUACAAAGUUUCCAAGUAUUGGAAGGGACCUGGACAUCCGAUUCUUGUCAUUUUGGGUGGCGAAGAUAGCUUGGAUCUACCCAUGCUGUAUCCGUAUGUGCGCAAGGGUCUGGCCAAAGAGUUCCAUGCCUACGUGCUAUCUCCAGAACAUCGCUUCUAUGGCAAGUCACAACCGGUCGACGAUCCAACCAACGACGACUUGGUUCGAUAUCUAUCACCAGACCAGGCUUUAUUGGAUGUUAUUACCCUCAUUCAGACCACUCGGGAGAGCCUUGGAUGCAGUCUUGACAAAUUUUCAACGGACUACUGCCCCGUCAUUACCUUUGGCGCAUCCUAUCCCGGCUUUUUGUCCGCCAUGUUGAGAUUCCGCUUUCCUCAGGUGGUGGAUAUUGCCUACGCAUCCAGUGCUCCACUGGAACUUUACGCACAGACCGUGGCGGCGGAUGCCUACUUUGAUAAAGUAUCCGAAGUUGCGGAAGCGGCGUCCACUGGAUGCACGGCUGCCGUCCGAGACACGCUCUAUGCGGCCCGUGACGAGCUAUUGACCCAAUACACGUCGGUGCAGGAAGCCGCCAAGGCGACGGGAUUCUGCACCCACAAUUUUCCAGCCUAUAUACAAAACAUUACCGAAUUCAUUAGUGAAACCAUCAUCUACUUGGUACCGGCAGUCUUUGCCGAUUUCAACAUGGCAUACUACCCGCCUGGUCCCAAAACAGCCUUGGAGCGGGCGUGCCAUAUUUUUCAAAAUUCCAAUCAUGCGCCCUUGAAGAAGAUUUCCAAAUUGUACGACCUUCGGGGGCAAGUGGACUAUGGAUUGGCCAAAAAGUCUAAAUGCUUUGACUUGUCCUUGGAGCUUCCGAGUGGCCCCAACGCUCGAAUUCGGGGAGCAGACAGUUCUGGAACUGGCGGUGGAUUCACGGGCGAGAUUUGGGAGUUUCAAUGUUGCAAGGACUUGAUCAUUCGGGCAUCGGCCUCGGUUAAGAGCAUGUUUCUCCCGCAGCCAUUUCAGUAUGCUUGGUUGUCGGCGCAUUGUCAUGAACGAUUCGAGGGUGUUCCAAUGGAACCCUUUCGAAUGGUCAGCGAGUGGAGAUUCAAUGACCUAAGUCAUGCAUCACGGAUCUUGUUUACGAAUGGUAUGAAAGAUGGUUGGUCGACAAGCAGCAUUCUGCAGAAUACCAAUCCCAAUAUUGCCAUUUUCAAUUUCCCCAAUGGAGCACACCAUAGUGAUCUUGGAAACUCAUGGCCAAGUAGUGAUGAUACGGAUGACAUUGUUCAGGGCCACAGGGAUGCCACUAUAACUUUGCGACAGUGGCUAGACGAAAUCAAGGCAGAGAACAGCACUACUACUACUACUACUACUACUACUAGUAGUAGUAGUUUGCGGUGA